CGCGCCCACCCAUAAUACCUUGCGGGCGUUACGGUCCUGACGUCAAGUUAAUGUCCGUCACGUGACAAGGAUAUAAAAAGUGCAAUGACAGUUAAACAGGCAUUAGAUUUUUCAAUUACAAGUGUUACGAAUCAGUUAAGAUAAACUGAAGACAACAUCAGUUGGAGAUAGACACCAUAAGACACCAUUUAUACUAAAGGAAUUAUUUAUUUCACAUACGAAAGAUGUCUCAUGCCAGGAGAAAAUACGUAGAAGUUCCUAUGAUAAUUGAGGGAAACCUCAAAUACGUAAAGGGAGUCUCAAAAUACACAACAUGCGGUGACGUCAUCAAAAUGAUAUUGAAGAAAACCGACGAAGGCAAAGAAAAUGGAACUCCGGAAGCUUUCGGAAUCUACGAGUCUUCACGAGGCAUUGAACGUCUGCUUCCCGCCAAAAGCCGCGUGCUAAAAGUUAUGCGCUCGUGGGGCAUGGAUGCUGAUUAUGAAUUUGUAUUCCGUAAAGUGAACACGGCGUUUGUCGCCCCAAAAAUAUCAGAAGCUAAAAGAAGGAAACUGACCAACAGGCAAAGAACAACAAAUAAAUACGAAAAUGUCGCAAAGCUUGCAGGACUUGUACAUUCACAGAAAACUAGACUCAGUAAACACAGUGGUAACAAUGAAUUUGUGAAAGAAAUAUAUUUUAAUGACUCUGAUAGUAGUAUGGAUGAGUUUAUUUCUCACGUCGACAAAAGUAACAUGAACGGAUUUCUAAAUUUCUGCGGUGCUGUUUCAGCGGAAGAGAUUAACAAAUUGUCGUCUGUAAGCCAGCUUGAGAUGAGCAGAAACGUGACCGGACAAUCGGAUGAUUGUGGAUUUGUACGUGGUAAAGAUGUUACAUGCACCUUACAACACAACGUUAAUGACGUGAAAUAUGCCGUUAGAAAAACACUGAAAACCAAAACAUGUACUAUAUCUGACCUCAGUACUAAAAGAAAUAAUCUCGGAGCUGAAAUUCACGCGACACCAAAUCGAAAAGCAGCAAAGGAACAAAGCAGGGCUAUGAAACGUCACGACAAAUUCGCCAAUGAAAUUGCUACAAAAGUUGCUAAAAUGGACCAGAGAGAAGGUAAAGAAGCGUUGUUGCAGAAGUACUUCGCCGACUACAUAGCAUAUCGUUCACCAGGACACAAAUAUCGUGACACAAGAUUCCGAGAACAAGGUGAUGGCGCGGAAUCUACGACUGUAUACCCCGCUCAACGAAAUGUAACCGGUUGUGAGUUCGAGACAGUAACACCAAAGCGAAGCAUCUCGCGGUCAUCUCUCACAUUCAAUGAAAGUGACACGAGCAGCGAUUCCGGCCAGGAGGACGAUAUGUUGAACUUCGAUACAGCGUUCAUCUCUGACGUCACGAAAGUUGACACCGGAUAUAAAGUACCUCACGCUAGCCCUAACUCCCAUCUUGACAAUUCUCUACACGAAGAAGUAGACUUAAAUACUGCAUGUGUAGGCAAGUUAGUAGACUAUAGUUUGAGCGAAGAAGAUUCUGUACUUGCUGACCCAAGUGACAUCAGUUCUAUAAGUACAGUUAGCGAACAUAUCGUACAUAAUGUGAGCAGCGUCUCUGAUAUUGUUAAAGCUAUUUUUAACGAGAACCGAGAGGUCAGCGAAGAUGACGAAAUGGAGAGUUUUAUGAAGACGAAACUUUGGGACGAAUUCUCCGAUGAGGGCCUCAGUUCUUUAGGCAGUGAAGAUGAAAAGGAGAUACUUGUUUAAAAUCAGACACUUAUUCACUGAUGAAAACGGAAAAUAUGUACUCAAAUGAAAAAUAGAAAACUGUUAAAAGAUCAUAUCUUUUCUUAGACAAUAACUCCUUGUGUAUAAGUCUAAGCAUAGCUAGUAAAAGACAAUCCAAAUGGACGUGUCUUCCAAAAGACCAUUGCUUAUUUGUGUAUACUUUGUGUAUUACCAUUUUGAUAUAAUGGCCGCCGUUUCUCUAAAUCACUUGCUUUCAAUUCUUUUUUGUAUAAAGACUCAUUGCUUUUAUCAUUUCUGUAAAUAUGUGGUUUUUGAAACCUGGAGUGUGCUAUAGUUGUGUUUUAAACUAUUGUUAUGAUUGCUAUGGAAACAUAAUUUUUGUUUUUUGUGCAUAUGAUUUGUUAUUGAUAAGUUAAACGUUUUGAAAAUGUGCAAUAAAAUGUUU